CCAUAGAUGGAGGAAACAACAUUGCUCCCUGAUGAUAUUACAAAUGCCCUUACACUAAAUUACUUUUUAAAUGAAUUUAUAAUUGCAAAAUGUGAAAUUAAUAUAGUACAUAGACAAUUUUAAAUUAGGCUCUUAUUAGCAUAUUUGUUUUGUUCGUUAAUUUAUAUAUUUAACGAAGUAUGUAACUUAAGCAGUAUUUACAUUUUAAACAACACAUUUGAAAAUCGCAGGAGCGAUUUAUCUUUGCACCUUAGGAAAAUGUCAAUUGCGAUUGUUUUAAAACAACAGAUUCAAUGCCAAUUGUGUACGCCAUCAAAUAAAGUUAAUAAAUGAUGCGUUUCAUUGGAGCACUUAAUUCCCAUAUUAGGCAUGGGGACUCUUGCUAGUGAUGAGCUGAACUCCGGGUCAUCCAAUUUUUUUCCUCUCUUUGCCUCCUGUAACUGGGUGGGCUCCAUGUAAACUCUUGUCACAAAAGGACAUUGCAGCAUGAGUAGUGUUUAUCGUUGCUUUUAAGCACAAGAAGUUGCUUUGAUGUUAUUAAACACUUUGCCAGAAACUAUGCACCAUCGCUCUAUAACACCUUGUAUGUGAUACUGUUCCGACCAGAGUGGGUAACCGUUGCCUUUGCCGCUUGCCCUUGUCCCCGAGCAGUCCGAGUGACGUCGGCGUGUUGCUCAGGCUGGGUUGGUUUGUGGGGUGUCGGCUGCUUUAACUGACUCUUUCUCCUUCUCUAAUGUGUAGGGCGGCCGACAGCUCGGCGUUGCAGCCGGAUUACAGGACGGGGACUGACUGCUCGGAUACCCGGAAAGGCGGAGGAGGAUCCCGGCUGGGCGAUCCGCCAUCGCCCCUCGGAUUACCGCCGUUGAAGAGUCACACGAAAAUGGUGGAAGCAGAGUUGCUGACAGCAGUCAAGAAGUGUCUGGAUGAGCACUUGAAUUGCCUGGGCAUAGAAGGCAACGUGCCAAGUGCUGGAAGAUGGGAUUAAUAUGGAUGGGUGCUGACUGGUCAGCAUGGAUGUGGUGG